CAAACUCUUUAUGCCUACAUAAACUUUACAAUCUUUCUAACUCAUAAUAUCUAACAAAAAAUAUUCAUAUUGAUCAACCUACAAUACUAUUAUGUGAUGACUAAAUUGAAAACGCACCCUUAUCUCGUCAGUGCGUGCGGACCCACGCAACCAGGCAUGUAUGUAGAUAAUGGCCCGUAGGAUGUCUAGGAUAAAGAUCGCCGAACCCGAUUGCAACAUUUCCAUGGUCCAUUACGUCGUGGCGGGGAGAAACAAAAACACUUCCCCGAACAACUUCAUUCAUCGUCGCCACUCACCUCUCUCGACUCAUGACUUGACUUAGUCAUCCACGUUGUCGACUUGGUCAAGAGCUAUUAUCAUGAAGCGGUCCGAGCCUAGCUUCGGUCGCGAUGACAAAAUGACGAAUGAGCAUACACCGUUAAUCACCACCGUUACCGUCGGUGAAGUCCGUCGGAGAUACCCUCAUCAGACCCUCCGCCGAUUCUGUACCAUAGCUUUGACUUCCUCACUCGUUGCUCUCUUUGUUACAUUUCUCUUUACCGUCGUCUUCGCCCCAUCACAUAGCACUCACCGCGGAUGGCCCGGACAUCACCAUAACCACAUUACCUACGAAGAGCUUCAAAGCAUCCUCCUAGACACUCCAAGCUCAGAUAAGGCCACCGAGUGGAGCAAGUACUACACAGCCGGUGCGCAUUUGGCCGGGAAAAACUUAUCUCAGGCAGAAUGGACGCGAGAUCGCUGGAACGAGUGGGGAAUCAAAUCAGAUAUUGUCGCAUAUGAGACCUACUUAAACUACCCGGUUGAUCACCGACUUGCUCUUCUGGAGAAGUCAAAAUCAGACUCUACCGAUGCUGGAGUUUGGAAAGUUGCUUUUGAAGCUACUUUAGAAGAGGACGUGCUCGAUGAGGACCCAACUACACAGCUGGAGGAAAGCAUUCCGACAUUCCACGGCUACUCUGCAAGUGGUAAUGUCACUGGCUCUUUCGUGUAUGUAAACUAUGGAACUUUCUGGGAUUUUGAGGAUCUCGUCAAAGCCAACAUCAGCCUCGAAGGCAAGAUCGCUAUUGCUCGUUAUGGUGGUAUCUUCCGAGGGUUGAAGGUCAAGCGAGCUCAAGACCUUGGUAUGAUCGGCGUCGUUCUCUUCAGUGACCCCGGAGAUGAUGGUAAAAUCACCGAGGCCAAUGGGUACGAGGCGUAUCCGAACGGCCCUGCACGACAUCCCAGUAGCGUCCAGCGAGGGAGUGUCCAAUUUCUCAGUGUCGCGCCAGGCGACCCAACAACGCCUGGCUACCCUUCAAAACCGGGAGUGCCACGAGCCUCGGUCGAUGGAUCCAUUCCGAGCAUCCCAUCUUUACCGAUUUCUUACGUCGAAGCCCUGCCAAUAUUAAAGGCUCUCAAUGGACUUGGUCCAAAAGCUAAAGAUUUCGGCGAAUACUGGACCAGGAAUGCCGGCCUCGAAUAUAAAGGAGUCGAGUACAACAUUGGGCCCUCGCCUGACAACGUAGUGCUUAACCUUUAUAACGAACAAGAGUACACCAUCACUCCCCAGUGGGACGUCAUCGGUAUUAUCAAUGGUACAAUUCCCGACGAGGUAAUUGUAGUGGGUAAUCACCGUGAUGCGUGGAUCGCUGGCGGCGCAGGUGACCCCAACAGCGGUUCUGCCGUUAUUAAUGAGGCUAUUCGCAGCUUCGGUCAAGCUCUAGAAAAGGGAUGGAAACCACUACGAACCAUCGUCUUCGCUAGCUGGGAUGGCGAAGAGUACGGAUUGGUGGGAAGCACCGAAUGGGUCGAAGAAUACUUACCAUGGUUAUCUGUCACUAACGUCGCUUACAUUAAUGUUGAUGUUGGGGUACGCAGUCCAGUCUUCGAGGCCAAUGCCGCUCCGCUGCUGCACAAGCUCAUAUAUGAUGUGACUGCAUUAGUGCAAUCGCCCAACCAAACUGUCAAGGGGCAGACAGUUCGUGAUUUGUGGGAUGGGUACAUCGGUACGAUGGGAAGCGGUAGUGACUUUACGGCCUUCCAAGAUUAUGCAGGCGUGCCUAGUCUCGAUAUGAACUUCGGUGGGCAAACCGACGACUCACCAAUCUAUCAUUAUCAUAGCAACUAUGAUAGCUUCCAUUGGAUGUCAGAAUUUGGCGACCCUGGAUUUGUAUAUCACAGGACUAUGGCUCAAAUCCUUGGUCUUGCUAUCGCAAAAAUAGCCGAGACGCCGCUCAUUUCCCUGAACGCAACCGACUAUGCGGAUGCUCUCAAGGGAUACGUUGAGAAGGCCGAAGCAAGGCUAGAAUCCUCCCAGGCAGGAUUAUCUACUGAGGAGGAAAUCUUCGAGUUCAGAGCGCGCGGUGUCAGCACCGAGGUUAAGGGUGAUCAAGAGGCUUUCAAGGUGUCGCUGAAUCUCCUAUACCAGGCCGUCGACGAGUUCAAGCAGGCGGCGAUCGCCCUCGACGCUAAAUCGGACGAACUAGCCGAAAAAGUAAGCGAGGACAUCCCCUGGUGGAAAUGGAUCAGCAAGCUGAAGCUAUUCCACGAAAUUCGUUUCGUCAACACCAAGUACAAGAACAUCGAGCGGGCUUUCUUAUAUCCAAAAGGAUUAGACGAGAGACCCUGGUUCAAACACGUUGUAUUUGCACCUGGGAUCUGGACCGGUUAUGCGGGUGCUGUAUUCCCUGGGCUUGUGGAGAGUAUCGACAGCCAGGAUUUCGAGAAUGCGCAGAAAUGGGUUUACAUCAUCGAAGAUCGCAUCAAGACUGCUACAGAGACAAUUCGGUGAUCCCAAACGUGAAAAUAGGAUAUAUAUUUAGUUUUGGACUUGGGGUAUUUGCGGCGCAGUUACUAUACUAUAUUCAUGGUCUUCACGAAACAAAGACCAAAGUUGCCUAGGUAGUUAAGAUCGACGAGCGGAAUUUACCGCCCUUAGCUGAUGUAGAUUGGAACUGGACGCUCAGGUGGUGUCAAUAUAUUUACUUUACAUCAUCGUUUUCGAAAAUCACCCCAAGCUAAAUCCUCAAAGCUUGAUUUUACCUCUCAAGUGGCUUGGGGGUUUCCUAUUCAAGAAA